AUGAAGAUACUUGUGGGUAGUAAAUAAAAAGAGGGGACUUAUAGUGACUGGCAAACGAGUUUAUUUUCCUUUGUGUCAGUUCAGAGCAGUGCAAACUGUUAGAACGUUCACUUUCUCAAUUCCUUUAUUUUCUCUCUCCAAAUGAUCUAAAAAAAAGUGUUUUUGCCAUGAAUUUCACACAGUUUUGGAGUUUAAUUAUUUUUCUCAUUUUAUUUAUUCAAUGUUCACAAGGACGAAAAAAUUCACACUAUCGCAAAAGAUUGAAGGCAUCGACGGAUAAAAAUUUUGAUAUACUAAUUUUCACUCAACAUUGGCCGCAAUCAGUGUGCUUUGAAUGGAAGGAAAAAUCACAAAAACACAAUUGCACAUUACCAGUUGAUGACGAAUGGACAAUACAUGGAAUUUGGCCGACGCAAUUUCAUAAACUUGGCCCUGAAUUUUGUAAUUCAAGUAUGAAUUUCAAUUUAACAGCUUUGUCAGGAAUUGAGAGUGAAUUAAAAUUAAAAUGGAUGGACGUUGAGUAUGGAAUGAAACCGGGUUCAUUUUGGAAACACGAAUGGGACAAGCACGGCACUUGUGCUUCGAUUUUGGACAAAAUGAAUACUGAAUUAAAAUAUUUUCAAAUGGGACUCGAUUUACUUGAUAAAUAUGAUAUGAAAAAUAUUCUCGCCAAAGUUAAUAUUAUUCCCGGCAAUGGCUAUCCAGUGAAAACUAUUCUCGAUGGUAUUAAAAAAAUUCUAAACGUCAAUGCACAAAUUAUGUGCGUCAAGAAUCCGAAAACCCACGAGUCCUACAUUUUCGAAAUACGAAUUUGUUUCGAUAAACAAUUAAAAUUAACAAACUGCGAUGGAAUCGUAAAUUUUCCAACCGACUGUAAUCAUAAACAAAACGUCACUUAUCUCGGAGUUGUACCUCACGAGGUAUUAAGAAUUUAACAAAUAAAAAAUUUAGGAAAAAAUCUAGGACAAUUUUUUUUUAUUAAUAUACCAGAAAAAAAAAACUUUUUUCCAAUAAGUUUUUCUAGGAAAAUACGAGUGAAAACUUAAAAAGAGAAUUGAAACCAAAAAAAAGAAUUUAAUAUCAAGUGUCGAAUGGAGAAUUAUUAAUCAAGUGUCGAAUUAUUAGACAAUAAGAAAUUACCGAAGAGAUAUAUAUUUUUUAUGUCCACAUGUAAUGCUUGGUACAAAUUGUAAAUCAGUAUUUGACUUUGUAAAUAAAAAAAUAAAAAAAAAUUUGGUCGCUUCUUAAUAUUUUUAUAGAAAUUUCUUUUUCUUUAAGAUUAGGUCUUUAAUUAUUAUUAUUAUCAAUAAAAGAAAAGUCUUAAUUUCUCUUUUAGUUCUUUUUAAAUUAAAAAAAAAACAGGUUUAGCAUACAGAAAUCGAUAAAUUGCGAUUUAAUUAAAAAAUAGCUAAAAAUCUAAUAGUAGUAAUAUUAAUUAUUUUCUUUAGCUCACGAGAAUUGUUUCGAUGAUCAUUGUAUUUUUUUCUGGAUAAUUAUAACUGCCGAGGGUACCAAACC